AUGGCUACCGCAGUCUUACAACAAAGCGGCCCGCGGGUCUUUUCCAACCAUGGCAACAUGGACGCGCUGACGGCAGAGGACUUUGAGACUGCUUCCAUCCACUCGGUAGCUCCAUCAUAUGUCUCCGAGGUGCCGUCAUACCACACCAUCCCACGCGAGGCAACCCCGGCCUACUCGCCGCCCGAACAAUCAUCACCACCGUCGUACAGCUUCAACUCGCACCGCAGCCAACGAAGAACCAACCAGGACGGAUACUACGCCAGCUCGUCCCGGCCCAGCCUGAUCCCGCCCGCUGACUCGGUCGACGAACCGACCAUCGGCCUGCCGCCCGUGCCAACGGGGCCGCUCCCGACGCUCGCCCCACAGCUCUCGGCCUUCCGCAUCCCAUCGUGGUCGAGCCUCGCCACCAACAACCACAACAACCGCCAGUACCGCAACGUGGCACAGCGGCGCGCCUCUGCUGCCGCGGCGUCGUCAACGAGGAGGCUCGAGGUCGCGACGUCGCCCAGCCGGAUUGCCCGGCUCGAGAGGGUCAGCGAGAUCGCAGAGGCCGAGGAGCAGCGCCGGCACCGCCCGCUCGAGGACCCCUACCUUGUCGGCGAGGUCGCGGCCAGGCGCGCUAGGGCCCAGAGGCUGGCCAGGGAGAAUGGCAAUGAGGUGCUCGAGAUGGAGAACCGUAGGUGGGAUCUGUUCCUUGCCCAGAUGAGAGACUUUCAGCCUCGCAACAGGCGAGGAAACUUGACCAGGCGCCUCCUGUGA